AUGAAGAACCCACAGGAGAGCGCUCUUCACGUGGCCACCCCAUUGAGGGAGAGCCUUGCCCUAACCAAAGUGGCAGGCACCUCUGUCUAUCUGAAGCUUGACUCAUCCCAGCCCACAGGAUCCUUCAAAAUCAGGGGCAUUGGACACCUUUGCAAGACAUGGGCCAAGCGAGGCUGCGAGAGAUUCGUCUGCUGUUCAGGAGGAAAUGCUGGUAUGGCGGCUGCCUACUCUGCCCGUAAGCUUGGUGUACCUGCCACCAUCGUCGUGCCCAGUGUCACCCCCAAACCAACAGUGGAGAGGCUGAGGGACGAGGGCGCCAAUGUGGUGAUUCAUGGCAAGGCGCUGAAUGAGAGCAUUGAAUAUGGACAACAGCUUGUGGCCAACAACCCUGGAUGGAUCUUCAUCUCUCCCUUUGAUGACCCUCUCAUCUGGGAGGGCCAUAUGUCUCUGGUGAAGGAGCUGGAGUCCGAGCUGCAGGAGAAGCCUGGUGCGAUGGUGUUGUCUGUUGGCGGUGGAGGCCUCAUGAACGGGGUUGUUGAAGGACUGCGCCGUGCCGGCUGGAACGAUGUUCCAGUCAUAGCUAUGGAAACUGUGGGGGCACACAGUCUCAAUGCUGCUAUGAAGGCUGGGAAGUUGAUUACUCUGCCUGAGAUCACAAGCAUUGCCACCACGUUGGGCCUGACAAGAGUAUCUGCACAGACCCUGAAACUUGCUGGUGAACACACAGUUUACUCCGAGCUGGUCACAGACCAGGAGGCUGUCAAAGCUGUCGAGCGCUUUGUUGACGACGAGAAGGUCCUGGUGGAGCCUGCGUGUGGUGCUGCCCUGGCAGCUGUGUACUGUGACAUCAUCCCCAGACUGCAGAAGGAGGGCAAGCUGGCGCGGGACCUGGGACCUGUGGUGAUCGUGGUGUGUGGAGGCAACAACAUCAGCAUGAAACAGCUCCAGAAACUGAAGAAGCAGCUGGGCAUGUCAUCUAGCUAGACAGACAGACAUGUUUGCGUCCUGCUUAUCCUUUCUCCAUCACUCCAUUCCUCUAUUAACCCGAUCCUUCCAGUUGCAGCUCCCCUACUCCAUUGGGUACUACCAAUAAGGGCAUUCAAACAGGUUCAUGAACUCCAUGGGGCCAAAUCAUUCCAGACAGUGUGCAGUAUAGGCCUACUCUUGAACUCCUGAAAGGGGCUGACUGACUGAAGGAUUAACUGACUAUGGAUUCAUCAAUAGCCUAAUGCUAAGGUAGAUACAUAUUGAUAGGCAUACAGAUAAUCUACUACUCUGGCAGUAGUAGUCUUUGAAUUGAAUAACCUAGAUCCACAGGCAGCUGGUG